AUGCAUUAUGUUCAAAAGUAUUUGGAAAAAUAUCAGUUUAUAAAAAAUAAUAAAAUAAGUAAUGGAACUAAAACAAACAUUUUUCUUUAUUGUAAUUGUUAUAGUUUUUACUCUCAGAAGGUUUUGAUGGCUUUAUAUGAGAAAAAUAUUGAUUUUGUACCAUUAAUAGUCGACAUUACUAAAGGAGAGCAGUAUUCUUCUUGGUUUUUGGAAUUAAACCAACGUGGUGAAAUUCCAGUUCUCAAAAUUCAUAGUGAAAUUAUACCAGAUUCCACUAGAAUUAUUGAUUAUUUAGAAUACUACUUAGAUUCUGGAUUAACACCACUAAUAAAUGUAUCACGAGACAGUAAAGUUAUUCAAAACAUCAAUAGGUUCCGUGAUCUUCUUGAGGCACUACCAGCUGGUGUUAUAACUGUGGGUUCAUUCUUUCAUCCUCACUUGUGUGGACGACCAAAACUGCCAUUUAUUUAUCCUGUUAGGGAAGUGCUAAAAAGCGGAGAUUUGGUUAGUUUCAAAAAUCUGAGGAAAAUAGCAGAAGAAAAUCCUAAAGCAAAAAGUAUUUUGUUAUAUAAAGCUGAAAUUCAAGAAAGGAAACAUGAAAUAUUAAUAAACGAAGAGGAAUAUACAAAAGUUUUGAAUAUAGUUGAUUCAGUACUUACUCAAGUAGAAGAACAGUUAAAAGACCAGAGUGAAGAAAAUUGGUUGUGUUGUGAAAAUUUUAGUAUUGCUGAUAUUAAUUUGGCUAUAUUACUCCAGCGUCUAUGGGAACUUGGACUAGAAGGAAGAUUUUGGACAAAUGGCAAAAGACCUCAUAUAGAAAAUUAUUUCAAUCGUGUUAAACUUCGUGAUUCUUUCGUUAAAACUAUUCCCGGUCUACAUGUUCACUUGAAAAUGAUAAUUACGUCACAACCUCCCACUUAUAUAGCGGCAGCUGGGGUUGUAUCUGUAGGAGUUGUCAUUGCUAUUGCCUAUAUAUUAAAAAAACUCAUAUAA